AUGGAGUCGAUCUCGCGCAUUUCCUCCAUGCUGGAAACAGCUCGGGAGCUCACAAUCGAAGCCGCUCAAAGCGCCAGCAGUUCCCGGGGCGCUUUCAAAUCAAACUCACCAUACCGCCAUAUCUCGUUUUCGCAGAUCAAGAAGCUCCUCGACAGCAGGAGUGAUCGGGAUAUACUGGACGGGUUGCGGAAAGUCAUAGCUUUAAUGUAUAGAGGCGAACCAUGUCUACCCUUUUUCUCCUCAGUUGUGAAGAACGUCGCGAACCCAAAUAUCGAGGUGAAGAAACUAGUCUACAUCUACCUACUUCACCAUGCCGAGUCCGAACCGGAUCUCGCACUCCUCUCUAUCAACGCCAUUCAAAAAUCAUUGACGGAUCAGAAUCCUCAAGUGCGCGCCAUGGCUUUGCGGACAAUGUCGGGGAUCAGGGUUCCCGUUAUUAACCAGAUCGUGUCGUUGGCCAUUAAACGUGGUUGUGGAGAUAUGAGUCCUCAUGUGCGCAAAGCUGCAGCACUAGCCAUUCCAAAAUGCUAUAGACUAGAUCCAUCCACGUUGCCUCAGCUUUUGGAAUAUCUAUCUACACUCCUAGGCGACAGUCAGUACUUCGUCGUGGGACCUGCAGUAUCGUCCUUUCUCGAGGUGUGCCCUGACAGGAUUGAUUUGAUACACAAACAUUAUCGCAGCCUGGUGAGGAAGCUGGUGGAUAUGGAUGAAUGGGGCCAGCUUGCGACCCUACGGCUGAUGACAGUAUAUGCCAGAAAAUGCUUUCCUAGGAGGACAGAAAGAAUAAGGGUAUCCAACCCCAAGGGUUUUUAUGGAGAUGAAGAUGAAGGGAAUGCGGAACCCGAGGAGUUCGGCAAGGAGAUUCAGGUAGUCGACCCAGAUCUUGAUCUCCUGCUAAAAGCGUGCAAACCUCUGCUUCAAAGUCGGAAUUCCGCCGUCAUCGUGAGCGUCGUCCGCCUCUUUCUAUACGUAGGAACGCCCACAUACCUCAAUACUGCAGUUGGGCCAUUAAUUGCCCUAUUGCGGGGUCCGCAGGAUACUCAACAUGUGGCGCUAUACAACAUCAUAUGCAUUGCACUCGUCGACCCCAAGCCUUUCUUGAAAUACGCUUCGCAUUUUCUAAUUCGCUCGUCCGAUGUUCCGCAUAUAUGGAGGUUAAAGCUAGAGAUCUUGACCUUACUAUUCCCACACUGUGGGCUGCACCUUAAAGGCAUCAUUGUUAGUGAAUUGGAGCAUUUUUCACAUGGAUCCCAACCUGACCUCGUUCGAGAAAGUGUAAGGGCAAUCGGGAGAUGUGCUCAAAGUGACGCGACCACGUCAGCGCGGUGCCUUCGAGUUCUCCUGGGCCAGAUAUCCAGCGCAGACGAUAAUCUUGUGUCAGAGGCCUUAACCGUCAUUAGGCAUCUUAUCCAGCAGGAUCCUGCAUCACAUAAAAACACAGUCGUCAUGCUAGCUAAACACCUAGACACAACAACUAGCCCUGAUGCACGGGCCAGCAUCAUAUGGUUAGUGGGAGAGUUUGCGGGCAUUGACGUGGGCAAUAAUAUUGCUCCGGAUGUCCUGCGGAUUCUCGCCAAAGGGUUCGCAGAUGAAUCCGAAGCGUCAAAGCAGCAAAUUGUCCUUCUAGGCGCGAAGGUUUACCUCCAUCACCUCCUAAAUAUCGCCGAAACAGCUAAAAAUACGGCCGAUGAUAAUAAUGAUGUAAACCACGGCUAUGACCAUGAUGGCCCCUCACACCCUCCUUUCCAAGAAGGACAAAAAGAAGAAGACCCCAUGGUAGUCUUAUGGCAGUAUAUCCUCCUCCUAGCCCGCUAUGAUACCUCCUACGACCUCCGCGAUCGCGCCCGCCUCUACAAAUCUUUACUCGCAGUUCCGAGCUCCACACAACUCGCUAGCCUCCUCCUCCUUGCCCCGAAACCAGUCCCCUUUACUCCUUCCCCAUCCGAAACGCGCAAGGGCCUGCUCCUCGGCACAUCUACGCUGGUCAUAGGGCCGGAUGCCGGUAUCCAUGGUUUGCGUGGCUAUGAACCUCUUCCGGACUGGGUCGAGGCUGGAAAAGAGCCUGAUCCCAAACUACGCGACGAUAGUGCCAGCAGCAGAGCUGGGUUUGUUGAGAAGGUGAAUUUGACGGCUGGCGAGAGGUUGGAUCAUGCACUCAGGGAGCAUGAUGUUGAUACGGGGAGGGUUAGGCAGAAUGGGACUGCAAUGGGGAAUGGGAAGAAGACGUUGGAUGAUUGGCUUGCGGAAGAGGAGAGUGAGGAGAGCGAGGAAGAUGAGGAGGACGAAGAAGGAAGUACGGAAUAUGAGAGCGAGGAGAGUGAAGAAUCGGAGGAGGAAUCAGAGGAGGAGAGCCAAAAGGGAGAGGACGAGCUAGGGGAUGAGUAUGAAGAAGAUGACGAGCAUACGGGUUCGGAUGAUGAAAAAGCCGCUCUGGUACGAUGA